CUCGCAGGGCAAACAGAGAACUGACUUGUUCCUGACAAAUAUAUUAUAAUAUACUCUGAUGACAGAAGCUCUGACAGGCCUGCUUCGGGGCAGGUCUGUCAGAGUAGAGACUGGGCGUGGUUUAGACUCACCCAGCCUAUCGUUGAUUGUUUGCGCAGAGCUGGUCCCAUCCCGCGGGCGCUCCAGCGGUCAGUCGUUAUAGUUGUGUAGAAUAUACAGUUAUCGGGCACCUGGCUCCUGUUAUCUAACACACUAUGUUCUGAAUGUGCCUCCCCAAACUCAUUGCACAGUUCCUGUCUUCAUGUUAUUCUGUAUUUUUCCAUCAUAAGAAAGGCCCAUGGCCCUGAAACUGUUAACAAUGUCUCAAGUCAGCUAUGUUGCAUAACACAUAUACCCACACAAGCCAACAGCAAAUAAUAUUCCAUCACAUAUGAUAUGGUAAGGGCUAUAGUGUAUAACACAGAACCUCACAAUCCCCCUUUGGCGCCCAAUGAAUUGUGUUAACUGCAGUGGCCAAAACAAGAACAAUGUUGUGCUCUGGUAUUGUGCCUGGUGGACCAUGCACAGGCUCCACCACAAUCUGGACCUUCACUUCCUGAUCAUAGACCACCUCGAGUUUGCACCCAACUGGUGCUUCGGCCUCAUCAAGCAGCGCUUCACAAAGACCAGAGUGGACUCUUUGUCUGAGAUUGCUAGUAUUGUGAAGGACAGCACUGUGACAGCAGUCAACAUCCCACAGCUGGUUGGACUGGAGGAUGGGACAGUGCUGGUGGAAAGCUAUGGCUGGCAACAACACCUGACUCUGUACUUCAGGCUGCUGCCACAGAUCAAGCUGUACCAGCACUUCAGGAGCCUUGUGAUGUCGCCAAAGAGCGUUCGGACUGUCAGGACCAGGUUUCAGCUGCUGCGCAACGCUGACAUCCUUCCUCCCAUAGAUAGUCUGCCUGCAAAAGCACCACCUGGACUGGACACAGCUAGACAAACAGUAUUUUUGGGAAGAUUGGGGACUUUUGCGACGAAGAGGCUAUGGACAUCACAUGCCCUGCACCAAAGUCAAGGGCAGGACAGAAACAGGCUCUCCGAAUAUAGAUUCCCUUGUUCAUGCGUGGUUUGGACGGACCAGUCAUCAGCGCUAAUCUGCAGUGACUCUAUUCACGUGACUCUGUCCUAACACACACGCCAUAUGUUGCUGCUACUAUUGUUUAUCCCGCUGCUCAGCCACUUCACCCCUGAUUGUAUGCCUAUAAUUACCUCGUCUAUCACUGAUAUUGUUAUUGAUAUUGUUCUUGUACAUACUGUAAAUUUUAUUCAUACUGACACUAUCUAUUUCUGAUAUUGCUACAAUGCAAGUAACCAUUCGGCUGUACAGUUUACACCUUCUGUAGAGACCAUCCACUUAGCAAGACUUGGCAAAAUAUUGAUAUAUGAAAUGAAUAUUGAUGUCUGGUUGUAACAUGAUUUUGUGACAUAACCACAACAAUAUCAUGUGACUGUAUCAAGUGUCCACCAAAUAAAUAUAUGGCGCAUGCAGCUGUUUAUGUACAGUACUGUUUAUGUACAGCAUGGUUUAUGUACAGCAAAAAAAACUCACUCAGGUUGCAUGGACUUAACUUAUGUAUAGAAUACUAUAUGAUAAGUGCAUGUGUAACAGUAUAUAAAGUAUGCUAAUGUACUGGUGUGAAGGCAUUUGGGCAGUGGUGUAAAGUAAUU